UUUCUUCCUUAGUCUGUGUUUGGUGCUCAUCGUUGACCUAACCAAGUUGUCGAGAUUCCUGCUUGGUGAUACACACCGAAACAUAUUUGACGUUAUUCGUUGAAUUUUUGCGUGAAAUGUCGGAUUCCGAAGCCAGCGUUCUAUCCGAUAACGAAAGCGACCGUGGCGGCGGAGGUAGCGAAAGCGAUCAGGAAGAAAAUCGCUCCGUGAAAUCUGCAGCUGGCAGCGUCGGGGAAAGAUCGCGCAGUGUUUCUCGGAGCAGGAGCCCGUCUAGAUCACGGUCGAGGAGUCCCUCGAGGUCACGAUCGCGGUCUCGAUCAGCGUCUGGCUCGGAGGAUGGCAGAGGAGACGAAGCAGAGGAAGCCAGGUCGGGGGACGAGGACGAGAUGGUGGAGCCGGAAGAAGAACCAGAAGGAGAAGACUUGGAUGGAAGCAGUGAAUACGACGAGGAGGAAGAGGAGGAGGACGAUGACAGGCCUCGGAAGAAAAAGAAGAAAGACAAGUAUGGUGGUUUCAUCAUAGACGAAGCUGAAGUGGACGAUGAGGUCGAGGAUGACGAUGAAUGGGAAGACGGUGCUCAGGAAAUUGGUAUUGUGGGUAAUGAAGUAGAUGAGCUUGGACCCACUGCAAGAGAAAUUGAAGGACGACGCAGAGGCACCAAUCUUUGGGAUUCUCAAAAGGAAGAUGAAAUAGAAGAGUACUUGAGAAAAAAGUAUGCAGACGAAUCUGUGGCUGCUCGUCAUUUCGGAGAUGGCGGCGAGGAAAUGAGCGAUGAAAUCACUCAGCAAACUUUGCUGCCAGGUGUAAAAGAUCCAAAUCUGUGGCUGGUGAAAUGUCGUAUCGGAGAAGAAAAAGCCACCGUACUCUUGCUAAUGCGGAAAUUCUUAACUUAUCAAUUUUCGAACGAACCUCUUCAGAUAAAGUCUGUCGUCGCCCCAGAAGGUGUAAAAGGUUACAUUUACAUCGAAGCGUACAAACAGCCGCACGUAAAGGCUGCUAUCGAGAACGUAGGAAACCUGCGAAUGGGUAUUUGGAAACAGCAGAUGGUACCGAUCAAGGAAAUGACCGACGUGUUACGCGUAGUCAAAGAACAGACAGGCUUGAAGGCGAAGCAGUGGGUUAGACUGAAAAGGGGCAUUUAUAAAGACGACAUAGCCCAGGUUGACUACGUUGAUCUGGCGCAGAAUCAGGUUCAUUUGAAACUGUUGCCCAGAAUCGAUUACACCAGACCUCGCGGAGCGUUGAGAACAGCGCAAAGCGAAUCCGAAGCUCUGAAACGUAAGAAGAAGAGAAAACCACCGGCGAAGCCAUUCGACCCCGAAGCAAUUCGCGCCAUUGGUGGAGAAGUUACGAGCGACGGUGAUUUCUUGAUCUUCGAGGGAAACAGAUACAGUAGGAAAGGAUUCUUGUAUAAAAAUUUCACGACGAGCGCGAUCAUCGCGGAAGGUGUGAAACCGACGCUUUCCGAGCUGGAGAGGUUCGAAGAGGCUCCAGAAGGUGUUGAGAUAGAUUUAAGCGGGACUCCGGGAGCUGGCGCUGGCAACAAAGAGGACUCGGCGAUUACUCAUUCCUUUAGCACCGGAGACAACGUCGAAGUGUGCGAGGGUGAAUUGAUAAACCUACAAGGAAAAAUCGUUUCGAUAGACGGAAACAUGAUAAUGGUCAUGCCGAAACACGAAGAGUUGAAGGAGGCACUGGAAUUCCAAGCGUCGGAGUUACGGAAAUACUUCACCAUGGGUGAUCACGUUAAGGUUGUCGCAGGAAGAUACGAAGGUGAUACCGGUCUGAUAGUCCGAGUAGAACAAAACAGAGUGGUCCUGUUCUCUGAUCUAUCGAUGCACGAGCUCGAAGUCCUCCCGAGGGACUUGCAGCUAUGUUCGGACAUGGCGACGGGCGUAGACAGUUUAGGUCAAUUCCAAUGGGGAGAUCUAGUUCAGUUGGACGCACAAACCGUGGGCGUAAUCGUUCGGCUCGAGCGCGAAAAUUUCCACGUGCUUUCCAUGCACGCCAAGGUGAUAGAGGCCAGACCUCAAGGUCUGACGAAACGACGCGAGAACAGAAACGCGGUGGCGUUGGAUUCUCAGCAGAACACGAUACAAAAGAAGGACAUCGUUGAAGUCGUAGACGGGCCACACGCUGGAAGAGGCGGCGAAAUCAAGCAUCUCUACAGGAGUUUCGCGUUUCUCCACUCGCGGAUGUUCGUGGACAACGGUGGCAUAUUCGUUUGCAAAACGAGACACUUACAGCUCUCGGGCGGGAACAAGUCUAACAUAACCGCCAUGUCGCCAGUGUCAGGAUUCAUGUCACCUAGGAUCGCGUCACCGAUGCAUCCUAGCGGUGGCGGUUUUGGGAGAGGUGGCGGAGGUGGUGGAAGAGGCAGAGGCCGCGGCGGAGGAGCUCGCCGCGACAGAGAACUGAUUGGCACCACCAUAAAGAUAACCGGUGGGCCGUACAAAGGAAACGUCGGUAUCGUGAAGGACGCUACGGAGACUACUGCUCGCGUGGAACUGCAUUCCACCUGCCAAACUAUUUCCGUGGACAGGUCCCACAUCGCCAAUGUUGGCGUGCCAACGAAGGAUGGAGGUUUCAGUAGUUACAACAGGACACCAGCGUACGGCAUGGGUGGACAGACGCCGAUGUACGCCAGGGAUGGGUCGAAGACGCCCAUGCAUGGCUCCCAGACACCCAUGUACGAAAAUGGUUCCCGUACACCUCAUUAUGGCUCGAUGACCCCGUCUCACGAUGGAUCGCGCACUCCAGGACAGUCGGGUGCCUGGGACCCAGCGGUUACGAACACUCCCGCGAGAACGAACGACUUCGACGGCUACAAUAUGGAAGAAGGUGGUUCUCCUGGUUACGCACCUGGCUAUCCUCCCACUGGUGGCCCAUUCACGCCGCAAACUCCUGGCACGAUGUACGGUUCGGAGCAGAGUUUCAGCUCGUACCAACCAAGUCCUAGUCCAGCGGGAAGCGCGUCUGCUAGCCCCAGUCCUGCAGGAUACGUCGCCACUCCCUCGCCAAGCGGCACUGGGUACACUACCAGUCCCCAUGGAGCGUUCGCUACUCCUUCGCCGAUGGGUUAUAGUCCUAUGACACCUGGUGUUGCGGGUAGUCCAUACAAUCCGCAAACACCAGGUGCUGGUUUAGACACCAGCGUGGGCUCUGCGAUAGUAGGAGGAACCGAAUGGCACACCACGGACAUCGAGGUUCGAAUUCGCGACUCUCACCAGGAUCCUGCGCUUGCUGGACAACAGGGUGUCAUUCGAGGAAUAUCCGGCGGCAUGUGUGCAGUCUUCCUACCGGUCGAAGACAGAGUCGUUAACUUGGUCUGCGAGGAACUGGAGCCAGUGGUUCCGUCGCGAGGCGAUAGAGUAAAAGUAAUCAUCGGCGAGGAUAGGGAAGCCGUCGGUACAUUGCUCUCCAUAGAUAAUCAAGAAGGCGUGGUGAAACUGAACAAGGACGAGGUGAAAAUGUUGCACCUGCGGUUCUUGUGUAAAAUGCAAGCUCCGAAUAUGUAAUUUUCUCAUUCCAAGGCAGCCCCUCGCGUCAGGAAGCGAAGCUGCGAAGACAAUUUUAACGACGGCGAGGACUGUUCGCGUAACGACAUAGGUUUUAUCGACCAUGAUCCUUAUCGUGUCGCGCCCUCUUUACGUUCGAGUAGUACAUACAUUAUGUAAAAUACAUAUUAUUGUAAGAAA